AUGAUUUCAAGCAAAUACUACUCUACCAUUUUCUUUACUCUACCAAGUAAAGAACUCUACCAUUAUAAAAUUAUUGGUGCUCUUUCCUUUCUGCUGCCGCCAUGCCAACCAUCCAGACUGAGGAAGACAAGGAAACUCUGGGGCCACGUUAGCCACGGUCAUGGCCGCAUGGGUAAGCACCGCAAACACCCAGGAGGCCUCGGGAAUGCUGGAGGCAUGCAUCACCACAGGAUCAACUUUGACAAAUAUCAUCCAGGUGACUUUGGCAAAGUUGGUAUGAGGCAUUACCACUUAAAAAGGAAUCAGAGCUUCUGCCCAACCUUCAACCUGGAUAAAUUGUGGACACUGGUCAGUGAGCAGACACGGCUCAAUGCUGCAAAAAACAAGACUGGGGCUGCUCCUAUCAUUGAUGUUGUGCGAUCAGGCUACUACAAAGUUCUGGGGAAGGGCACGCUCCCUAAGCAGCCUGUCAUCGUGAAGGCCAAAUUCUUCAGCAGAAGAGCUGAAGAGAAGAUUAAGGAUGUGGGAGGUGCCUGUGUCCUGGUGGCGUAAAGCCAGCCAGGGAGGUUAAUUAAAUGCUAACAUUUUCCAACAAAUAAAUA